GAGGGACCACAUGAACAACUGUCGUCAAUAAAUGCCAAUUCAUGCAGGUGAAAGAAUACUCUAGUGGCUGGGCGUCAAAAUUAGAAGCUCAGUUGAAACUUUCAUUCCUUACCCUUCUCGAUGGCAACUGCAGGAAAGUUUCCAGUAAAACUCUAUGUUUAUGAUCUGUCAAGGGGACUCGCAAGAUCGCUUUCACAGAGUUUAAUUGGUCGGCAUAUUGAUGGAAUCUGGCAUACAGGAAUAGUUGUAUAUAACCAAGAAUUCUUUUAUGGUGGCACAUCAGGAAUUGAGAGCUGCCCUCCUAGUGGAACAAUCCUGGGUAAUCCUGAUGAAGUGGUUGACUUGGGCAAGACAGAGAUUCCACAAGAAGUCUUCAUGGAUUAUCUUCAUGAGCUAUCUAUUAAUUCUUUUAGACCCGAAUGCUAUCAUCUGUUCAACUUCAACUGCAACACAUUCAGUAAUGAAGUGAGCCAGUUUCUGGUAGGAAGAGGCAUUCCCUCUCAUAUUACAAGUCUACCACAGGAUGUCCUCAAUACUCCUUUUGGUGCAGUGAUUCAGCCUUUUGUUGAUGCCUUGCAUGUGCAAGGUGGUCACACUCUGUUUCCUGUUGGAUCAGCUAGUCAUUUACAGUCUGAAAGUGAUAGUGAAGAUGCUGAUGAUGUCCAGAAAGACUCAGUAGCAGGAUCUUCCAAAAAUAAGAAAACCACAUCAAUGGGAUCACAAUCGAAGAAGUCUAAAAAAUGAGCUUACAGUGAUUGUGUGCUUUUGUUGUCAAUCAAAAUAUGUUUUGAAGUUUAACAAAAUGUACUAGAUUUUAUGCAAGAAUAACUAGUGUCAUUGUCAUCUGCUCAGUUUUUAGGAAGACUUUUUUUUCACAAAUCUUGGUUGUGAUUCUUGUUUUGUGGAAACUUUUUGUGUUUAGCUUUUGGUUUUAGGUACUAGGAUAUUUAGAUAUUCCAGACUGUCCCAUAUACCUUCUUCAUAAAUUCCUGAACUUUGCUGGUGUUUAGAGCUAGGAAAGGGGACCAUGUCACUCCUUUCUUACGUUGUCUGCACUUGUUGCCCUUGCAUUCUCACAUCCAGUACAAACUGCACUGUUUUAAUUUCUUUGCAGAUUGCUGUCCUAUUUUCUUCAAACUGUUCUUCCAAAACAUCCCAUCUAAACUACUCCAUUCUUUGACUGAUGACCAUACCCUCUCUAUCUCUGUCACCAGAACAGCAGCAUGUGGUCACAGGAUUUUUAGCUGCUGUGCUCUUCCCUUUCAUAUCCACCAUUGAUCCUUUAAACACACUCUAAAAAUACAUCUGUUCCAUGACCACUACUCCUUACACCAGUCAACAUAGUUGUGAUUACAGUCUUUCUCUGCAGAUUUAUGACACUGCAUUUUUAUUGUUCCCCAAUUCCUCUUUGUAUCUUCUAUGUUUUGUCAUUUAUUGUCUGCAUAAUUGUUUCUCCUUUUGUCCAUCAUGAUUAUAUACUAUAGAAAUCACAUUUAUUAUUAUUAUAUGUGUACUUCUGGCUAUCAAAACAGCAGUAUUGUUUAUGCAAGGCUUGAAAGCUGUUACUGUGUGGCUGAUCAGGCAGAUGACCACUUAUUCGUUUUUCAGUGUCCAGGCAUCAUUUUUGUUAUGCAUGAGAGAUAUUGCAUGACACCUGAAUGUGAGCUGUUCACACAUAGUAACGGGGGGAAAAAUACAUUUCAGCAAAGCAUAAAAUGGGUAGUUACUGCACACUUGCCAACAUUUCAAAUUGAAGGUUAUCAGCAAAGAAAAUAAAAAAAUUAACAGUCGUAUAAAAGGUACACUAUAUUUCCUUUUAUAACUGGCUGGACAAAAAAACAGAUGAGGUUUUAUAUUCUUCAUAUUAUUCUGUUCACUUACAAUUGCAAGUUUUUUGUUGCAAUGUAAAAUGUUUACAGACAUGAUUUUUACACAAGCAAAAAAAAAAAACCCUGGCGCUUGUCACACUAGAAGAAAAAUACCUUAAAGAAGCAUGGAUACAGACUUACACAUUCAUGGAGACUAUUGAAUAAAGCUUGGUAUACAUUCAGCACCCUGAUGAAGAGAGUGGUAGCCAUAUCAGCAAGCUCUCACUGCAUCAACUACAGAACCAAAGCCUUGCUAAGGGCAGCAGUGUUAGCAAGCUCAGGCUCACAGGUCGUCUAACAGAUGUCCUGUGGGUGCUACAGGCUGACAACAAUAACUGCCCACCUAAGCAACAAGAAAUAUUAACUACCUAAAAAUGGUACUGCAGUGGACACCCUCACAGUAAUAUUGAAGGCAAUGAGCAGGCUGACAGAAUGGCAAAACAUAAGCUGUAGACAGGACAGGCAAUACGAAAACAAGGUCAGCAUAACAAAUGGAUACCAUCAUAAAGGCUCUGUACAUACCACCCCAGACACAAGACAGCUACUAUUAUCUGUCCAAGUUAGACUGGGUGAAAAUUUUUCACCUCAGAAUAGGGCACAACAGACAAAUGACCACCUAUACUGGAACCUACAACUGGUGUCAUUCCCAGUGCUGUCUUGUGAAAAUGCAGAACAAACUGCGAAGCAUAUCCUACAGGAGUGUAGGCUUCUCCAGGAGCUGAGGGCAGAGAUUGAGCCGUCACUGAUGCCCCUCAACACCAAGCUGUAUGAGCUUGUAGCUGACUGCCUGUUUUAACUUGGAAACUGGUCUCUACGUGUAACCAAGAACAUAUGAUUAUAUACAUAGUAUGUUUGCUUUCA